GUGAUGUAAGAUGUGCAUUCAAUUUAUUUCUGGAUAUAUUGCACAUUUUGUAAAUUAAGUUAAGGUGUGCCAAUGCUAAUAGAAGAAGUGUGCGGAAGCGGUGUAACAGCCAAGAAAAACCAUGACGUGCGAGCUGUGCAAAAGAAAGUAUGCAGGCCUACGACAGCACCUUGUCAAAUUUCACCAUGUUGAAAACAAGCAGGAGCUGAACCUUCUCAUGAUGUCCGCCUCGGGCCGCGGAGUGAACGGGAAGCUCCAGUGCCCUGAUUGUAGCACUACUCAUGUGAGGCUGGAUAAGCAUCUGAGGCAGGGGAGACAUCAGGAUUUGCCUGCGGACAGGAGGAAGGAUCUGCUGAAGAUGGCGGUGAAAAAAAAGGUGCUGCAAGACCUCCGGGCGCUGCGGGCAUCAUGCCCUGGCAUCCCUAUGGUCAGCAGGCUCGAUUUAGAAACACAGAGCAGACCGUAUUUAACUGAGGAGGAGCUGGAUAAAGAUGUCCAUCCUGACCCACCUGCUAGCCCCUCCCCUGACCUGGACCUCUCCUCCAGGGUGCUUGAGGAGAAGAUGAGACUUCUGCGCCUGGAGAUAAGACUUUUGCGCCAACACAACACAUUUCUUCGGGCAAAACUGGCACGGCUCAAGACCCAAGCCCGCAGAAGACAGAAGCGCUAUGUCCUCCGCAAGAAGUUGCACCGCUCUUUUUUAAAGAAGGCUGAUGAAAUGCUGCCCAAGUUUUUCGAAGAAGCUGUAAAGAAAAGGAAAAGGAGUGCAAUCCAGAGAUUUCUGUCCCUGCUGGCUGGACGAAUCGUGGGGGGAGCUAGCAGCACAAUGACUGUCAUGAAGAAGAUGAAGGCAUCAGAAGUGCAGGAGGCGAGGAGAACAGAACAGGGCUACGUGAUCUACGUUAAUUACCUCAUGAACGUCAACGCCGAGAGUUUCUUUGGCGAUGCACUGAUUCCUGUGAACUCCCAAACAUACGGCAUCAUGAAGUCAUGGCUGCAGGCCAGGGAGGACAUCCCUGGUUGGAGCUCAGAGUUCUUCUUUUCCAGCAACACUGGAGACGGAGUGAAUACUUCCCUCCUGCUGGCCCAGUUCAAAAGGAUUUGGUUGGAGCUGGAACUGCCAGCACCACCUCCAACCUUCAUAGACCUUCGGAGGUCCAUUGCCACACACGCAUAUAUGUCAGCUUUUAGGCUUAUGUCAGAACCUGACCCUGACCUCGUCAGACUCGUGGCGAUAUACAUGUACUACGAUGUGGCUGCCUCCAGAUGGUUUUUUAAAGAUGACGAGACCCGAGAAAGGGCGUUUCGCGAGGUUCACGAGAUGGUUCAAGACCCGGAGGAGGAGCCGGCCCAGGAGGAGGAGCCAGCCCAGGAGGAGGAGACCCAGGAGGUGCCGGUCCAGGAGGAGGUGAUGAAGGAGGAGCUGGAGGAGGAGGAGGAGUUUCAAGAUGACCCGGCCCAGGAGGAGGAGCCAGCCCAGGAGGAGGAGCCAGCCCAGGAGGAGGUCAAGGAGGAGGAGUUUCAAGACGACUCGGCCCAGGAGGAGGUCAAGGAGGAGGUGGUUGAAGAGGAGGUGAACAGCCUGGAGGUGGUGAUUAAGGAAGAGACUGUUGAAGAGGUGGUGGUUAAGGAAGAGGUGGUUCACGAGGAGGAGAGGAGCAACAAGGAGGUGGUGAAAUGGAACAGGAGGAGGCUCAGGAAGAGGGCAGUCAACCAGGAGGAGGUGAACAGUCAGCAGGAGUUGGUUAAGGAGGAGGUGAACAGCCAGGAUGUGGUGAUUAAGGAAGAGAGGGUUGAAGAGGAGGUGGUGGUUAAGGAGGAGGUGGCUGAAGAGGAGGUGGUCAAGGAAGAGGUAGUUCACAAGGAGGAGGGGAGCAGCGAGGAGGAGGUGAAAUGGAGCAGAAGGAGGGUCAUGAAAAGGGAGUUCCACCAGGAGGAGAACAGUGAGGAAGAGAUCAAGAACAAGAUCUUAAGGACGAGGGUCUCUGUGCUGCUUUCACCGCUCACCUCAAGAACCAUGAGGAGCUGGACAGGCCGUAGAACACCUGUAAAGUCACCUGAAGAAAGAGGCCGGGGAAGUCACCAGGGAACACCGGCGGAAGACUCCCAACAGAGGCGCCACUCCACCCAGGUGACCAAACCCACCCAUAUCCCCUACCUACCACCAGGGGGCAGGAUUCCCCUUCCAACGGACCCCCCGAUUACUCCCAGAUAAAUGGGAAAGGAAAAUGAAAAGGAAAAGACCAACCCAUGUAUCUCCCCCCAUGUUAGAGUUAGGCAGGGGUGUAGUGGGUGUGGUACGCAGGGGUACGCAGUCCACCCACUUCUCCUGAGGUGAGAUUUUAAAAAAUGCUAAUAAUACAAAAAAGUGGGUUAACAUGAAUAAGUUGCCUAAUUAAUCGAUGUCGUCACAAAUUGCGUACCCCCACUUGCCAUGCACGGUCCUUCCUAGUUUUAAGUUAAGGCAUGUGACAUUGUAAGGUUUUUGUUUUUUUUCUCCAUGUUGUUUGAUCAUGUUCAUGUUAAAGGUUCUUCAUGUUAAGUGGGUAGGAGCAUGUUGCAUGCUAGUUGUAUAGGUCAGCAGGGUCGGAUUAAUGCCCAGGCUAGAUAUGGCUGAAGCCUAGGGCCCCCACCUGCUAGGGCCCCCCACCACAGGCUAGAUAUGGCUGCAGCCUAGGGGGCCCCCACCAGAAAUGCAGAAUUGUAAAAAGAUGCAAUAUUUAAAAAAUGAAUCCGUGUUGAGUACAGUAGGUACACAUCCUAUCCUUAAUACUUACCUUGUUGUAAUUAUAACACUGUCUAUGUAAAUUUGUCACAAAAUUUGGGCCCACAGCAACUUUCAGCCUAGGGCCCCCAGGCCAUCUUAGUCCGGCCCUGUAGUUGGUGAGAUUUAGCAUGUUGCACGCCAGGGGAAUAUACUACACAGCUGAUUCAGGAGUAAACCAGGUUAGAGGUAUAUCAUCAGAGCUAGAUUUUCUAAAAUGAGGACUUCAGGACCUCUUCAUUUAGCCUGGUUUACUCCUGAACCAGCUUUGUAAAUACAGGCCCCAGUUCUAGAGGCACCUAGUGUGGAAUGUGUCAAAUGUGUAAAUGUAAUAGUGGAACUUAUCCAGGAAAAAAAUCUGUUUAAUGUUUGGCAUCCAAUAAAUAUUGUUUUUGCAAUCGUUU